AUAGCUUUAACCUUUCACUAUAAUUUGGAGUUUCCAUUUUAUACAUUGAACACAUCCUGUUGAAACUAGAAACUUAGGUCAUCGGGAGUGAAGCAAAUGUCCGAAUUGGAAGCAAUUGAGAGCCUGAAAGGAAUUAUGCUGACACCUACUGAUGCCAAGGAUCCACCACCUUCACCCGUCCAGGCACUCUUUGGUGGUUUGACAGCUGGUGUUAUUGCACUAGUCCUAUACAAAUUUACAACAACUAUCGAGUCAUCUCUCAAUCGGCAAGCAAUCUCUGAUAAUUUCUCGGUUCGUCAAAUGACAAUAACAAUAAGAACCAUCGUUAAUGGCUUGUUCUACCUUGCAACAUGUGUGUUUGGCAUGAACUCUAUAGGCUUAUUCCUCUAUUCUGGCCAGCUUGUCUUAAACUUGCUCUCUGGGAGUUCUACUCCAAGUCAAGAAACUGAAAACAAAAGACAAACACAACUGAGCUCUGAUCCUGUAGAUACAAGUGGGAGAAACAUUAAUAAAGAUGAUAUAGCUUCGGAGAGUACAGAUUAAUUCAAGGUAUAAAAAAGAAGGGAAUAAAUUCAGUAGCCGAGUUUGUGUGAUGUACAAAUUCAAUGAGGCCACACCCUUGUUGCUAAGACAAUGUCUAUUCUGCCCUUUUUGUUAGCCCCAACAUCAGAAUGCCGCGAGCUACUUAGAUUACAGAUACUAGAACUCCCCCUUUGAUUUAGAAAGUACUUCGUAGUUCUUUUUAUUAAAACACACAUGUAAAGUACUGUGACGAUGCUAUAGCACUAUAUGAAGAUCAUAGACAAGAUACUUCAUCAUGCAGGCAAGCUUCAUUAAACCAAUCCAAGCUUCUCCUUAGACAAACAUCAUUUAACCAUCCCAGAUUUCUCCCCCCUAGACAAACUCCCAAGGGUGUAAUAAGAAGUUGCAACAUCU